CCUCUAUUUGUACACUUGACAUUUCUUGUGUUCUUACUCAACUCUUUUUCUGGAGAAUGACGGUGUUACUCGAUGGCUUUGUGGAACUUGACCCAACUUUGAGGAAGAACAUGUCGACUUUGACUCAACAGAGAAAGCAGCUCAAGCCAGCUCACAUCUGGAUAUGAAGCACAGUUGGCCAACCGAAGUCGGUACCACCUACCCAAGCAGCGUUCAAGUCGAUGCAUUACUGCAUGAAUGAUGGCUGUGCACGGGACAGGCGAUCCCCUCUCUGGGUGCCCAGGGUUUCCCACUUCGGAUGAAGUCGUAUCGUUGGCUAUGUCAAAGUCUGAUGCACUUUGGAUUCGAGAAUUCCUGCACUUUUGUUGUUCGCUGCAGGGUCAAGGGGUCAGGGGGGAUCUCGGGGAGUACAGGCUAUGAUGCACAAUACUUUUGUCGGGAGAAACCAAUUGCCCGCCGCAGAGCCGCCCAAGAGGUUGCAAAGCACUGUGCAGGGGUCUUCCACCCAGCGCCCCUUUGCCGCUAAGCCCGUCGUCGAGGCCCAGGAGACCUCCGGAGUCAAUCGACUGGUCAAGGGAUCGCCGAAUUGCUCGGGUGUUCGUGACGAGGCCAAUAGAACUUGA